UUCAAUGGCUUCCUCUUCAAAAACCACCACCUUCGUCCAGGCCGACCCUUCAACCUUCCGCACCAUCGUCCAGCUCCUAACCGGCGCCGAGAAGCCCAUUUCUAGCCUCCACGAACGUCGACGAGCCCUCGACAAGCUCCAAAUCAACCGCAACACCAACGGAAAGAACGAUUCCCCGUGUGCCGGACAAAGAGGGUCGUCGGUUUCAUCACCCAUUUCGACGCUGGAUUUCGUUCCACUCCUCAGCCCACCACCGUCGAACGCCAAGCGAACGAGGUCCACAGUUGUAGAAGAAGAGGAGGGGGAAAAGAGAGGGCUUUAUUUGCAUAAUCAAAGCGGUCCAUUGAAUACGCGGCGGCGAGGAGCAGAACCUGAGUUGUUGCAUUUGUUUCCUCUACAUUCUCCCAGUGAAAACAUCCACUGA